AUGUUUGACCUCAGCAGCUGCACUGUUUCAGCCGAAAUGACGAUGGCCGGCUGUCGUCCGGAACUUAUGAAUUUAUCCUUUUCCGGCUGUGGAUUUCUCUGCGUAUAUCACGCCGGCGUCGCGGCAGCUAUCAAGGUUUUUUUAAUCACAUUUUUUUACUAUUUUUGAUUUUUUCUCAUAUGCUAUGGUUUUAUAAUAUUUCAAUGCUGUGAAAUAUGUUGAGAUGAAAAAAAUCAUUCUGUAGAAAUCUCUUAUUUUCUAUUCGAAAAGUAUUUCUUUGAAAGAAAGGUAAUAGUUUGAACUUUUUUUUUUUGGAUAAAUAGAUGUGUACAUAAGGUUCUCUUGGAAGUUGAUAUAAAUAAAAUUUACAAAAAAUGCAGAGAUUCCCCCCUCCCCCCUUCAGUGGAUGUUGUUUUACCUUCUUUCGAUGUUCGUUUUACAUUAAAAAAAUCUAUAAAGUUUUGAAGAUGAGAGUUGAACGAAAAAAAGUAAAGAAAUAGAAAUAGUGAGUGGGAUUCUGUAAAGUUAGAAGUGGAAAAAAAACUGGAGUCUUUUUUAUUGGCUUCGAAUAGUUUUCAUUUUAUCUGGGGUUUUGAGAGCAUUGAUUUUUUUCGAAAUUUAUCGCGUUAAAAGUGUAGUACGCAGCUUUGAACCUUUCAACAAGCUUGUCACAAAUUCUUCGUGGCUUGCGAAUGUUUUAUUUCUGUCCUUAUAGGAAUACGCACCGGAGUUGAUCCAGAACAAGGUUCUGGGAGCCUCGGCAGGCUCGAUUGUGGCGGCCGGCCUGAUCACUGGAGUCUGCAUUUCACACGCAACAAGCACCAUUCUCAAAGUUGUCGCCCAGGUAUUCCUUACCUUUUUUCUAUUCAAUUCGGCUUUUUCUGUUUUUUUUUUCGUAACUCUUGGCUGCAAUUCGUAAUAUAUUGACUGAAUUUUUUUCUUUUAAGGCGCGAUCUCGAACACUGGGACCGCUGCAUCCAGAGUUUGAUCUGCUGGGAACUGUGAGAAUCGAGAUGAAGAAGACUUUACCUUCAGAUGCCUAUAAAACGUUUAAUUUUUUUUUUCUCAUCGUCGUAGCAAUUUUGAAUAGAUUUAUUUAAUCUAAAAUCGAUUAUUUGAUACCCGUGUUAUUGAAUCUGAAUGCAGAUGCACGGGACGCCUGAUAAUUUCGUUGACGCGCUGGAGCGACCACGAGAACGUCAUUGUCGACGAGUACACCUCUAACGAGGAUCUAAUUGAUGUCGGUUUCUCAAGAAAUUGAAAAUGAGCAUUCUUUUUUCAGGCCAUCAUGUGUAGCUGCUUUAUUCCGCUUUAUUGCGGUCUCAAUCCUCCGCGUUUCAGGUAACUUUUACUUUUAACACUUUUCAAUCUAUACAUUGGUGGCUGUGAAGUGGUUAUUUCAUCAACCGAAACCUUUGAAAUGUAUCCCUUUCACCACCACUUAUAACAUUCCUAUUUUUUUGCGCUCUCAUUUCUUGCCGAUUUUUUCGUGUUUAAAAGAUUUUUCCAUGUUAUCUGACCUCGGCGAUAAGGAAAAAAGACGCAGACGAAGUGAACUUCAAUUUGAAUUAUUUUCGGUGAUAUUCCGGUUGUUUUAUCACUCAAAAAAAGUGACUCCUUGAAAAAAUGUAAUUAUGUUCAUAUCCACAAAUCCUUCAUUAUUUUUCCACACGAAAUUGAUGCCAGUUAAAAAAAAUAAGUCAAAAAUUUCGGACUUGAUGCGGAAAACUAUUUCAACCAUCAAAAAAAGAAAAAAAUAAUAAUAGAUUUCGAAAUAGACGAAAAUAAAUGACACACUUUGGUGAAAAGCGCAUUGCAAAACGUUUUUGCACAUCGAGUCAGAAUUUUCGUUUUUUCAAGCUGUAUCUUCCGCAGCUGAACGCAAGUCCGGCGGCUCGAUUUUCGCAGUGUUAUUUUCCACAUACUCAACUUGCACGCUCAAUAAUUUAUUUCUUUCUUCGUUCAGAGGAGUACAAUAUAUGGACGGCGGGAUGUCGGACAACCAGCCGAUGUUCGACAAGUACACAGUUACGGUGAGCCCCUUCUCCGGCGAAUCGGAUAUCUGUCCGCCGGACUGGGAUAGCGCCAGGCAACGAACUCGUUUUUGGUCGGUUGCAACAGUUUGUUUCAGCAUCCUCGGAAUGGACUUCCAUGGGACGUCAAUCCGCUUCACGGCACGCAACAUGUUUCGACUCAUGAUGUGCUUGUGGCCGAGAACCGUCGAAGAUUUGUCCAAAAUGUGCCUCCAAGGCUUUGAGGACGGUCUCCGGUUUCUCACCAAAAAUGGUAAUCUUUCAGUUGACACACUGGCAGUUUUAUUAGUUAUCAGUUUCGAGCCGUCAGAGAUUUUUUUUUUUACGUUUUUGAAUUUUGAAAUCACACACACAUGAUUUUUGUACUUUUAGUCAGUGAAGCAUUUUUUGAAUCCCCAACACUUUUUUGUAUUGGACUGACUGUUGUAUGUUAGAGACUGUUCAGAACUUGAAAAAUCAUAUAAAAAUCUUCAUUUUGCCUUGCAGGCCUCGCCCCAUGCAUCCGUUGUCUGACGGUGCAAAUCGAAGGAACUUCGGGAUUCGUGGCGCCAGUCGAAGAAAAACAACGCGUCCUCUCCCCGCCAGCGUCUUCUCGCCGUCGAAAGCAGAGCUCCACGAGGUUCCGUCGAUCAGAUUCCUCCGAAAAGCUAUCGUGAGAUACAGGGUCCGCGGAGAUUCCGAGUGCGACACUUGCUGCGAGAGCGAACACAUGUAUCCGGCGGAAGUGAGUAGCGUCUUCCCGAGUAUCAUGCGAAAACGUAGGCCUCGGCUCGCUCUCCCUCCUCAUCCAAAAGCUUCAGCCUUCGACGAAGCCGUCGCCGCCGAGAACAGUCUUUUCCACUACAUUCUGUCGUUCCGAGUCAUGCGCUAUGCGAGGACCGCUCUGGGCGUCAGCAAACUUCCUCUCGACGUCGCUAUCGUUUUGGUCAGAAAGUAGGACUUUCUCAUUUAUUUUCUACUUUUCUAGAGUGCCUAGAAAGUGCUAUAAUGUUUCUCCUCAAAAAUAUUUUGCAUUUAAUUUCGGCUGACUAUUUUCGACUAGUAUAUUUGAAAAGCUUCAAACACUAAAGUUCACCCCAUUAGGAAGUUUCAUAAAAACUUGUCAACUCCAACUGAAUCUGUGGCCCAAAAAAGAAUUACUUUUCUGAAGUUCAAAUAAUUAAUUUGCAUAUAACUGAGCGCAAUUAAAUUUCAGUAUAACAUCCUAUCUAACGAUGGUCACGCCUCCAACGUGGUUCCUUAAUCGAAUGAAGGCCUUGCUCAGCUUCAUACUGACGGAGGUCGACAUUCAGAAGUCUCGAUAUACCAGGUUUCUCUUCUUUUCUUUUUUCUUCGAAUUUUAUUUCGUCUUUGCACAUAGUUGGUUUCAGUGUUUUUUUUUUCCCGAAUACCAUCAAGGAUUUUUAGGUUCGGUUGCCAUGUUGCGGUGACGGAAAUGGACAGGAUAGGGAGCAAAAUCGAGGAGAAAGAAACGGACUUGGAAAUGAGCGAAGAAGCCAAAAAAGAGCUGGAAAUCAUUCGGGAACGAGACCGCAGAUCCAAACCCAAAAAGGUUUCUUCCAAAGAGAGCAGUUUUUAUUUAUUUAUUUUUUUUUUCGACUCCAGAAGUUUGAGCUCUAUGUUGAGAUAAUCAUGAUAGCCCUGAAUAUUAUUUAUCAACAAGCGAAACUUUUUGUAGAAAGAGAAAAGAAGAACCUUCUGUUCUGAAGUUUCCAAAGACAAUUUUUUUGUAUUCGAUUUUUUUAGGUGUUAUAUUUUUUUCUAAAAUUCCUUUCUUCAACGUUAGUACUUUCUGUAAAAAAGUCAGUUCAGAGUAACAGCGGCUCAAGCCUUUACGACGACGACUCUCUACAACACGUCAUCGAAUAUUCGCGAAACCACGACGCCAUGUACGAGUUCCACUACCUCGACGAGAACAACAAAGUUCGUGGAAAUCUUUUCCACAAUGUUAUUCUUUGUUUUGAGGUGCGAAGUAUUGGCCUGUUCAAUAUCGCCGAGGAAUCUUCGCGGUCGCCGUCCCGACGUGUCCACGUCAGUUUUCCUUCAUUGGAAAUUUGUUUCUGAAAGAAAAAUUUUUUGCCCUAACUAAAAUGAAGCAAGGAAAAAAUUUAGAAAAUCUUCGCUCGUAAAUAGUUCAACAUACGCAAUUGCAGUGGGUAGUUGCAGGUGGUGCCAGAAGAAGAGGAGGAGACGAAAAACGAAAGUGAAGAGAAAGACUCGGGUGUUUCCAGUUACGACACUCACGCCUCGGCUCAAGAAGCCAGUUCGGGGUGAGAUUUCCAUUUAUUUGAGCAUGCGGAUCAUUUUUUUGGCCAAUGUUACGGCCAAUCCACCUGAAGAUGCUGUUGAAGGAGUCGCCGGGACGCGUGCUGCUCGCCUGUCCGAUCUUUCUCGCAGCAGGACCAGGAGGCCGCUUCUCGCAAUCCGACCGGGCCACGGACGAAGGUCGCUCAGCGCCGGCAUACGAUGACGUCGAUGGCUCAGCCCAACGCUCGGUUUGUCUUUUUUUCUCUCUCUUCAGGGCACUUAGGUCAACCUCACUAGGGAACUACUCGGACUCGGGUACGCGGAUCGAGUUCAAACUUUAGUGGUUUAUAGACCUAAGUGAGAAUACUUGAAAACAAGUGAGAAUAUCUGCUAAACCCAAUAGAGAACUGAGAAAAAAUUAGUAGAAAAUGGGAAAAUUAGGCCUGAAAUUUUUCAGAAUACUGUUUUUUACCUUAUUUUAUAUUUUAAUUUAAUCGCCUUGAAUAAUCCCGCUAUGAUAAACUCUAAAAAACUUUUUCCCAGCCAAAAGAAUGAGGAAAGCCAGAAAUUUGAUAAUUUUCAAGCCUAAACUGUUCAUUUUCAAUAAGCUUUUUCUCAAAAGCCUAUGGGGUUUAGCAGAUAAUCUCUCUUGUUUCCAAGUACUCUUACCCGGGUCUAUAAGCCACCAAAGUUUCAACUCCAAACACGUACCCGAGUUCUAGUAGUUCCCUAGUCAGGGGAAAAGAUAAUCAAAAGCAUUGAGAUUCGAGUUUAUUUUGUUUGUUUUUUUACGUUUUGAAGUUCGUAGACGCUAAUUCAUUCAAAAAUGUUUCUCUCACAAUUUUUAAAAUAUUGUAAAAUUGUCCAAGUGGAUCAUACCUACAAAAGCUUUUUUUCAAUUUGAAAAAAAAAACUCUCACAAGAUUCACACAAAAGUUUUCCUCCAAAGAAAUCUUUCCAAAGAAAAAAGAAAGCGCAUUGACAUGGUCGGUUCAAGUAUGGUUCAAGGCGAAUUCAAAAUCGAAAGAUUUAAACGCGUCAUUAUAGUGUAGUUUAGUUGAUAAGGAGGGUGUAAGAUUUCCGUCGAACGGAGUUUUGCAACGAAUUUAGCCAUUUCGAGGGGCACUACGAUGCUUUGAAUUUAAAUAAAAUUUGAUGAUAAAAAAAAAGUUUUUUUUCAUCAUACCAUGAUGGGAAGACGUUGCGUUGCGUUUGGCGAUUUCAUGAAAAUUAAAAUAACAUUCUCGCUAAAUUUCUAGAUUUUUUUUUUGUUUAGCCAAGCAUCUUUAAGAGCUUAAAAAAGAAACAGAGGCACCUUCAGUUAAUUUAAUUGGUUUGCAAUUUGCACUGAAAUCUCGUAGGUCCUUUGAGAAGAUGUGCGAAGGAAAAAUUGUGUUUUAAGGAAACCAACGUUUGCGCAAAUCUUCACCAGAGAUAUGUCGUCAGAUUCGGAGGCCGACGGAGCGGAGAAGCUCUUUGUUCCGAGUCGCCGCGCGUGGCGUGCCAUCAGCGACUAUGACGGCGAGCACGAGGCCAGCGAUACUGACCCUACCGCCUGA